AGUCAGUGCAAAACUAUGAAGUAUACUGCUAUUAUUUUGAAUGCAGUUUUGACUGUGGCAUUAUGUUGUCCACCGGAAGAAGCUUUAUAUCCGUGCGUUUGCAAGAAGCAUUGGGGAAGUUCUUAUACGGUGGAUAUCAUUUGUGACGGUUUGCAUAAUGAAAUUGAUCUGAAAAAUGCUGCUGCAGCUUGCAAACAUAGGCCGAAUAUAUUAAGCUUUGUAAUCUUAAAUUCCGUAUUAAAUUACAUUCCUCAAUCAGCUUUUGAAGGAACUUUUAUCAAAAUAAUAGAAGUGCAAGAAUCUACACUGUUUUCAUUGAGUGAUACAGAACAAGCACUUGUUGGGAUGGAAAAGACUUUAGAGUCUCUAACAUUGAUUAAAAACAUUUUCAUGGGAUCGUGGCAUUGGUCUAAAUUAAAAAGCCUCACUAAAAUGAACCACUUAAAAGUAAGAGAAAUAUCACUUCCUUCGAUAGAAAAAGACAUCGACAGUCUCAGUUUUCUUAGAAAUGUUGAUUUUUCAAAGAAUGAGAUUUCAUGGAUUUCAGAUCAAGCUUUUGAAAAUUUUAAAAAUUUAGAGUCUCUUGUCUUGGGGGAGAAUGAAAUCAAGGAAGUGAAGAGAAAUAUGUUCCCUAAUCCUGCUUCCCAACUUCGUAUUAUGAAUUUCACACAAAACCGAAUUCAAGCACUUCCGACUGAUAUGUUUGACAAUAUGCCAAGGCUUACUGCUUUUCAUAUAAAGAAUAACCGUCUUCUGACUUUAGACGAGAAAGUAUUUGCAUCAGUUUGGAGUCAGUUAUUCUUUAUAGACAUAAAUGACAACGAUCUUCGAUGUGAUUGCAGAAUGUCUUGGAUGAUGCAGAGAAAAUUUCCGCUUUUGACCCUAGGACUAUGUUCAGAACCACCUGAACUGAGGGGAAAGAACAUUACGAUGCUUUCAGUGAAAGAUCUUUGGUGUUAAGAGCUUUAAAAGAACCUUAAUUUACCCAAAUUGUAUUUUUUAUGUUGAAGAGUAAUAUAAACAUAAUGCAUGUUUGUUUUGUAAAUUUCUGGUUCACACGUAUUCCUCACAUGUAAAUAAAAUUAGCAAAUGGAAGCAUUUUUAACAUUACAGUUAAUUCAUCAGUUUAAAAUUCGCAACAUUUUCACACAGAAAUAUAUUUUUUUAUAUUAACGUUUUGAAUUCUUAAAAAUAUAAUUUUUGAUGUAAUACUGCGUUAUAAAUUAUAGGCUUUUUAGAUACCAGCUUAAAAAUAUAACCAGAAAAAAACGUUAUUUAAAUAUUUAAAUGGGAAAAAAUUGUAAUCUUCGAGACAGGAAUCAUGCGAUAAAUAUUUCCUUUACAGAAAUUAGUGUAUAUGGGGAACAUGAGAUGCAGAUCAUUAUAUCUUUAAAUGUAUUCAAA